AUCGACUAAGGUACAACGGGCGUGGCCACAGUCCUUCGUUUGCUACGUAAAUCCGCACAUGCGCAGUGUGGGCGUGGAAUCAGUCCUUUUUAUGCCUAGCGUUGGACGACUAGCAUCAAACGAGCAUCAAAAUGCAGCUGUUUUUGCGUGCGCAGAACACUCACACUCUUGAGGUGACCGGUGAGGAGACCGUUGGACAGAUCAAGGCCCAUGUCCAGGCUCUAGAGGGUCUCCUGGUUGAGGAUCAGGUACUUCUGCUCUCUGGGUGCCCGCUGGAGAAUGAUGCUUCCCUGGCAUCCUGUGGUGUGUCCGAGCACUGCACCUUGGAGGUAGCUGGCAGGCUGCUGGGAGGUAAGGUCCACGGAUCUCUUGCCCGUGCCGGAAAGGUCAGGGGACAGACACCCAAGGUUGACAAGCAGGAGAAAAAGAAAAAGAAGACUGGCCGUGCCAAGCGUCGCAUCCAGUACAACAGACGCUUUGUGAACGUUGUGCCCACUUUUGGAAAGAAGAAGGGACCCAACGCUAACUCCUAAGUGCUUUUUUAGCCAAAAGGAGAAACGAGGCCACCACCCAUCAUUUUUCACCAAGUUAAAUGUUAUCCUGUACAGAAUAAAAGGUUUGGCUUGGAAUAAG